UGGCGGCCUCCGGCUGAGUUUAGGCAGAAUUUCCGGAAGUUUUCUCACAUUUUGACCUAAGCUACAACGACUUAACGGGUGAUAUCAACAUAAGGUUUUUCUACAAGAGAAAGAGAGAUUCUGCAGUACCAUGCCGAUCCACAAGGUGCCGGUUGUGCACAAGUUUGGGAUUAUUUCCCACUCUCAGCGUCUGGAGCUGCAGGAAAGGCUGCUGAGGCAGGGUCUGGAUCAGACGGUCAGCACACAUCGCAUGCAGACUGUUACCAGAAACCCUCUGGAAGUGACAGAAGGUUUCAUAAACCAGUACAACGAUACCACAGACUACAAGGAGAAGGAGAGACUAGAUGACAAGGCCAGGAAAAUGAUGCUCAGGAUCAGGAGAAGAACAGGACUAAAGGAUGGAGGGGUAGGGGACCAUGUCAACCUUCCCAUGGCCUGGUCUGAACUCGCCAUGUUAGCACAGUGUAAGGGGAAAGUACAGGAAGAAUGUCUGGAAGUCCUGAUCACAUCGUUGGACCAGGCACCACUGUCCGCCCACCACAUCCCCAGCCUGUUCUUCCUGGCAGAGACCACCCUGUACUGGCUACGGACCGACGCAGUCAACCAGCCCUUCCUCCGAACUGCAGAGCUCAAACUACUGAAGAUGGGUCAGCUGACGUUCACACGACUGUUGUACCACCAGCUGGUCGGUCAUCUGGAGGGUCAGGCAGAGUUCAAGAACAGACUGGUCACUUAUCUGGACGGUUUCUCGGAGUGUCAGGAGGCGUACAGUCCGUACCCCGGGGCUCACCUGGCGCUCAGGUUCAUCUCCGAGGUCGGCAGGAUCGUCAUCGGACGUCAGGCUGUGGACCCGGGGGAACUGAAGGAGGGGGACAAGGGACCCACACCUGAUGCUAGACACAAGACCCCCCAGCCUCGUACCCUGACCCGGGAGCAAACCUUCAUGUCCACAGCUCCAACCUCAGGCGGGGUGCACGAUGUCAGUCCCACACUGUGGCACGCACUGGACGUCUGGAGGUGUGUAAACAACAACAGUCAAGGGCUGAAGCAAGCUCUCCACGGAUUGGCUGAGUGUGGCAUGGGGCUGGCCAAUGAGAGUUGGCUAGAUGGCGUCUGCGCGGUGAAUAUCGUAGCAGAGGCAGCGAUACAGAACGUGCGCGCUCUGCGGAGCCUGCAGGACCUGGGCCGAGGGCUGGACCCGAACGUUGCGCCCGCGGCGCCCACACCCGAGGACUUCCACAGCUUCGAGCUGGACCUGUCCGAACCUGCCGACAGCCUGAAGAGUGAACCACAUCUUAUGGAAGACAUCACAGGAGAAGACACGGAGCCAGAACUGCUCGGAGUCGGGACAAGCAGGCGGAGACGUCGGCGGUCCAGGAGGGGCUACGAGUCGGGAACGGACGUGAGCGCUACGUCUGUCAACAAGUCUGUGUCUGUCACAGCGGUCGCAAGCACACCGCCUGACAGACAUGUCAUGUCGUUUACGUCGGAGAGCGGGCCUCAAUCCCGUUUGUCGCACAUCAGCGCGGGAAGCGAGCCCGUCACUGAGCCAGAAAUCAGCAGCAGGGACAGUUUAGACUCUGCAGGGGGGAUCAUGAGGCAUCCUGGGAUUGAAGCACUGAAGCAUGAUGGGAUUGACACCACGGACAGUGACCUUGAGCCAGGAGAGGACAGCGAAAUUGAACCGACGGAAGACAACGUCCUUCAGGACAGCUCAGGCGACAAAAAUGGCUCACCCGAAGACUUAGACAUGAAAAUCACAGAAAUGGACUUGAACAGAGCUACCCAGAGUGCACCUGGAGGCAUGCUGCCUUUGAAAAAGCCAAUCAGAAAGAGCCUCCACUCACAUGACAUGCACCGACCAAUGGGAAGCCAGCACAUGGCCAGCCAAUCAGAAGGGCCGACACAGGAGUCGGCAGAAGUGAUACCGGACACAGCGCAUCAUGCAGAAAUGGGCUCUGAGUUUCCUGAGGGGCGCGGCACACCAGCCAGCGAGAGACUCACCUUUGCAAAUCUUCCUCUCCCUGAGGUACCAGGUAUUGCAGGCUGGCGGUGGGAAGUGGCGUAUGUCUUCACAGAAGCCCUGGGUUAUGUCGCUCUACACGGUAUCACCUCGCAAAUCCAGAAACUGGCACUCGUUGGAAUCAAGAACCCAUCAGAGUUGUUUCCCCCAGACUACAACAGUGCGUGUACAGAGAGCGCAGGGCUGUUAGAUCUGGCAGAGUUCAACCCUCAGUAUGAAGUAGAGGAGGAGGCUGUGGAACUGCCUGACUGGAUGUGGAGAGUGCGUUACGGUGCAGUUCAGUCUCUGGUCAAAGUGGGGCGCUGCUGCCAGGCGGACAAGACCAAGGAGGGCCUGCGUACAGCGGUGUGGGGCAUGCUGGUCCGGGUCCAGUCUCAGGAACAGGACGUCAGGGUCAUGGAGGCCUUCAAAGUUGGGCAGGUGGAGGCAGAAGUAGAGACGAGUCAGCACAAUGAGAGUGUCCCGCGAUCCUCCACCAUCUUUGCCAAGAUGGCCGCCAGUCUGGCAGAGAUCUACCUCCCCCCGCUGCCUGCAGUAACCCCCCGGACCGCCAGGGGGCCGCUGACGGCCAGGUCCCACCCCCCACGGUCACGCAGUGUCCCUGUAACCCCCUCCCCCGGAAAACAUCCUGUCAGGACAUCAUUAAGGUAA